GUCCCCGAGCCCGGCGGGCGGCCUGGGCUUCGGGCCCCUCUUGUUCGACGCGUGGGACUCGGAGGACUCCUCCGGCAGCGCCGGGAGCUCGUCCAGCGGCGGCGGGGGCUGCGGCGGCGGGGCGGCCGGCAGCGGCAGGGGCCUCUGCGGCGGGGAGGCCGCGGGCGGCGAG